AUGAUCAUCGAAUCCGGCAAAGGAGCAGCCGUCCAACCAACCACGCCAGAACCCAUAGGGACGUUCAUCCAAUACAUCGGAUCAGAAAAGCUGAAGGGCCAGAAAGUCCUCAUCACAGAUGGAGAUUCCGGAAUCGGCCGCGCGGCAGCAGUAUUAAUGGCAAAAGAAGGCGCCGAUAUCACGAUUGCGCACGCCCCCGAGAAGACCGAGGAGGCGGAAGACACGAAGAGGUUGAUAGAAUCGGAAGAUCGGGUCUGUCUGCUCGUGUCGGGGAACUUGUCGAACCGGGAAUAUUGUCGGAGAGCUGUGGAGGCACAUUUACUCAGGUUUGCGAAGCUAAACGUUUUAGUGAACAACGCAUCGAGACAGAAUCUGCACCGGGACCUAUCACAGCAUGCCCACGACAGAAUAGGAACGAUCUUUCAAGGCAAUGCCGUCCAGAUGAUUGCCAUGGCAAAAUAUGCGCUACCGUAUAUGUCGAGGGGUGAUUCCAUUAUCAACACCACCUCCGUCGUUGAUCUCCCCGGCGCAGAUACCAUGGCCGAUUAUGCAGCCACAAAAGGCGCCAUUUUCGGCUUUACACGGUCAUUAGCGCCGCGAUUGAUCCCGAAGGGUAUCAGGGUUAACUGUGUAGCUCCGGGGGCUAUUUACAAGACCGUGCAAGGAGGAGCCGAGAUGGAGGGUUUGGCAUCGACUGGAUUUCUCGUUCGAAUCGUUGAGCCGAGUGCGGUUGCAACCAGUUUUGUCUUUUUGGCUAGCGCCCAGGCUUCGCUUUAUUCUGGUUAUAUGUUUCCUUUGGAUGGGUAG